UGAGGACUUAAAAACAAGAGUUUUCUUUCCAUUUAUUCUCAUUUUUAAUGUGGUUUUUGCUCGAAUAAAUUCGAUCGAUUGAUGAUUAUUGGUUUUAGGGUUUGUUGAUUUGAGGUUUUUGGUGUUGUUGAUGGAGUUGGUGGUUAUUUUCUUGAGAUUUUUUUGGAAUUUUUUGGAGGAAUUUUGGGAGGAUUAGGGGAGAUGAAGCCAUGGGGAAGGUAUAAGUUGGAGGAGGCGAUGCCGGCACCGGCGCCGCCGGGGAUGGUGGCGGUGGCGGAGCUUUUACCCGUAAAAAGGAAGGAUUGGGCGAAGAUCGUGGUGGCGCUGUUCAUUUUCAUGGUAGGGGCGGUGAUGGGGAUGUCGAUGAGCGCGCAUUUCGCGCGGUACUUCACGUCGGAGGCGAGGUUCUUCUUUGCCGGCGAAAAUGUUGCUGUGAACUGUGAGAAGGAUUGCUUGAGCGUGAAGAGCUUUGUGAAGCCGGAGGCGGUGAUGCAUAGUAUGACUGAUGAGGAGCUGUUCUGGAGGGCAUCGUUGGUGCCGAAGAAGGUGGAGUUUCCGUUCAAUCGUGUGAUCAAAGUGGCGUUCAUGUUCCUAACUCGAGGGCCGAUGCCCUUCUUGCCGCUGUGGGAGAGGUUUCUCAAGGGGCAUCAAGGGCUUUACUCCAUCUAUAUACAUGCUCAGCCUGGGUAUAAGAUCAAUGUCUCGGAGUCUUCUCCUUUCUAUCGUCGCCAGAUCCCUAGUGAGGAGGUUUCAUGGGGAUCAAUAUCACUGAUUGAUGCAGAGAAGCGACUCUUGUCAAAUGCUUUACUGGAUUUCUCGAAUGAGCGCUUUGUUUUACUAUCAGAAAGUUGCAUCCCUGUCUUUGAUUUUCCCACUGUUUACAAGUACCUCACAGAGUCAGAUUACAGCUUUGUUGAGUCCUAUGAUGAAGAUUCCCCACGAGGCCGUGGCCGCUAUAGCAGGAGCAUGUACCCUGAAAUUCAGCUCCAUCAAUGGAGAAAAGGAUCUGAAUGGUUCGAGCUCAAUCGUGAUUUGGCAGUGAAUGUAGUAGCAGACUACAAGUACUAUCUACUAUUUAGUAAAUAUUGCAAGCCCUCUUGCUAUCCUGAUGAACACUACAUCUCCACAUAUCUGAACAUGUUUCACCCUGCUCAGACUGCGAACCGAAGUCUGACUUGGGUGAACUGGUCCUUUGGAGGGCCUCAUCCUGCACUCUAUGGCCAAGAAAACAUCACUGCAGAAUUCAUUCAGACAAUUAGAAAUAACGGGACCAUCUGCACAUACAACAACAAACCUAGCACGUACUGCUACCUCUUUGCCCGGAAGUUCUCUCCAAGUGCAUUGGAAUCUCUACUCAACCUCAGUUCAUCAGUGAUGAAAUUUUGAACCAUUUGCUUCUCUCAAUUGAACAGGGAGUGAUGAUGGUUUAUACAAUUUUGACUCUCGGAACAUUCUUGCCUCCUCUGUUUUUGGUUUAGAGCUGGCAUUGCGUCGGGCCAGGUUGGUUCUUUAUUGUUGUAAAUGGAGCUGGUGGAAGUUAAUCUGCAGCUUUUUGUUGUUUCCAGGAUUCAUAGCUGAGUUUAUUGAGAUUGUCAGGUAACUUCAUUAGCUUAUUUGACCAUCUAAAUGUUAUUGUAUUGAAAGAAGGGGGAUGCUAGAAAUCAGCAGCAGCAGCAGCAGGGAUGGUGAGGAAGUACUAUUGUGAAUAUUAAUUAUUUGUUUUCCAGUAAAAUUGGCCUGGUAACAUGGCGAAAAAUUUUCACUCCAUUUUUUGCCAAAUGUAGUUUGUGAUUUUGUCUAAGAUUCAUGACUGAUGUAACGUUGGUAUCAAGGAAAAAUCAAUGCAAAUUCACUACUAUAUUA